AUGGGGCAAUCGGAUUCGAAGCUUGCUCAGUACCGAGAACAUGUAUUCCGACUAGCAGACUCGGUUCCAACCCCGUUAUAUUCACCCUCCAUUACUGCCGAAGAAAUAAUCCGGUACUACAAUGAUCCAUUUUCCUGGAACCGCAAAGACUUUUCGGACCCUUUCUCGUCUAAUUUCAACGCACUCAUUGUGCCGAACGUGGAGGCCCGCGACAUCUACUCCGUGGUCUCUACGCAGGAGCUGCGGUUCAUUUGCGAGGCCAAUAUUGGCAGUUUCACGAACCUCGUACGGUUCGUAGCUUUCAAAAUUCACGUCCUGUCGUGUCUCCUACAGGACUGUGGUAGCGUGGCUACAUUUCGGAUGCGGGAAAGCCAAUUGCUAACUUGUGUUCGAAUACUGACUAAGAUCAUGCCUGUCUUCUUUGAGAUGGACGAUACUCAAGACCUGGAGAAUUCAGUUUUCUGGAACCAGAACAGCUCGGAAGUGCUACAGUGCGAUGACCCGGCCUCAGUCGCGGUGGCUACGCUGAAUGUAAAUAAUGCCCAAGCCGAAGUUCAGCAUGUGGUGCCCUUAGGCGUGCUGAUUCUACAAGCCUGUGUGAAAUUGCUGUUCAUAAAAGGGUUUACUGUACCACUGAUGAAGUCGGGUAUGCAAGACCUAGGGAAAGUGUCUUUCCUGCUAUGGGAGAAUGGCAUAAAUACAUCCGAGGUGUCCUUUGCCCCUCCAAACCCCAGACUGGACGCUAGAAGGCUCGAGAUCUUGCGCUUGUUACUCACGCUGUCCUCCAAACAACUGUACUUCCAGCAUCUGCCAAAGUUCCUGAUAGUGCUAACGACGUCAAUUCCCGAAUUUCACAGCAUUUGCCUGACGUCCUCCAUGGUGAACCUCAUUUGUCGUUCGUGCCGCAGUAAUGACGAUGACAAUGGCCUUAACUACCCUUCAAAUUCGUACCACUCCUCUUCGAAAAGUUCUCAAAUGCGAUCAUUGAGAAGGGCUCUAGUGAUGACUACCAUGCAUCUUCUAAAUUUGUCUUUGACAUGUCCUAUCGAGGGGCUCCAACUGGGACCCAUUCACAAGUUCUUAUAUGGGCUCAAUCUUUAUUCAACCAAAUUUAAAAUCAACAAUCUGGUUUCGACGUACUUGAGUACCCUAAUAAGAGAAUUCGAUCUCAAGUUCAUGCUGGUCAACUUAGCCACUCUAUUGAAGCGACCCAUGGAGCAGGCCGUUGCAAAUGAAUCGAAUCCUUUCUCAUUACUAGGAAAUUCUGCCGGGAGCUCAAAUAGUGGGAAGCGGUCUACGCAAAGCAAGACGACUUCGUUUUCAAGUUCCACUUCCCCCCCUCGCUUGCCUCGGUCUACCUUGCAGGUAUUUAUUCUGUUAUGGGAGCUCAUGAAGACUAAUAAAGCUUUCGAAAACUAUGUUGCCGACAAGUAUGGCAGCAAACUGAUUUUGCUAUGCAUUUACUAUGUCAAAAACUAUUCUGACGCUAUAGAAUGUCAUACUAGUUUGAUUCCAGUGAUCUCUGGUUUUGCCACUUACCUGUCUUCGAAGAAACUCAUCUUGUCGAAAAUGCAGUACUGCUUUAAUGCUAAUUACUACGCGAACAAAAUACCUAAUUCGUUCAAGAUAUCUAUAGGAGACGUGGAUCGCUUCACCCACAGAGAUUUUGCCAUAAUCCAGCUUUGCAAUAUGGCGGCUACUCAAGUAAAAGACAACAUUGCACUCAAUCCCACAUUUAUAGAGAUUAUCUUCAAUCUCGUAUCAAUGCCUCUUGACGUUGAGGAUGAGGAUAUGGUACAGCUUUCGUCUGACAAAACGAAUAAGGUGACUGGCAUAAGUUAUAGUGCGUCAGUCUCAUUACUGAGAUUAGUUGCAAAGAUGUCAACAAAGGCAUAUUUGACCAGCUUCGCAGGCGAAGCUGCUGGCAUCGCCUCUCCCGCGACCUCCCAAGAUGCCCUCAAUGAAGCUAACAAGCCCAAUGAGCCAAGAAAGUGCUAUGCCCUUUCUCCAGGAUUCAAGCUGGACAUGCUAGCGCUCCUAAUACAAGCAUUUAAUUAUGGUAUUCUCAAUCAUUACAAAGAUUGCAAGCACCUUUUGUUUGUUUUCUGCAGGCACGAAAAUGUGCCAAAACAACUAAGGAACACUUUGAUAGAAAUAUCUUCGGAGAUAAGCUACAAUUAUCUGGGUACAGACUCGAAUUUGCCAAGAAAGUCGUCCCAACUGCAUUCCGACGAUUAUUUUGAGGAUUGUGUAUCGCCCGACGUCAGAUACAACUGGCAAAGUGAUAAAACAUAUAGAAGAACCGAGAGUUACGACCUUUUGGAAAGGGUACAACUACAAUCACUGAUGUUUUUUGAACUACAACAACGUACACUAGAAGAGGUGGAGGCCAAGGCAGAAGGAAUUGCCCGUGUGUCCCCAAAUAAGACAAUCGAACUACACGAGUACGCGGAUCAUAGCGAUGACCCCCUGCUGGAAUUUGGAAUUCUUAUGGCUUUGAGGCCCCAAAGACCCCCUGGAUUGAGUUUUAAGAAGAAGUUGAAACUAAGAAAGGAAGCUGGACUCGAAAAGACUUGGCUUGGAUCCAUGCCUCUACUUUACAUGCUACAGGUGCUUCGCAUUGUUAACCAAAAGUUUCCUUCAAUUCCGGAAAUCACUGGUUCAAAUUAUUUACAGCUUCUCAGAUCCUUUGUGAAGUUUGAAGUACCUCUAAAGUUGGAAUUAUCUAAUACGACGCCAAAAACGCUAUCUAGAAGGGACAAAAAGACCAACACGCUUUUUAUAAAUUGGGAUUCCAAUGCGAUAGCCUUCAAGUGGUACUUGUCUGUUUUGUGGAGUGAUAUUUUCGAUUUCAACAGCGUACCAUUCAUCAGCACAUUUGCAAGCGAGAAUUCUUCGCAGGAUAGUACCCAACAGCAGCACCAGCAGUCGCUUUCGCAGCCGCAAACCCCAAAACUUGAACGGUGGAAUUCACAAGGCUCGUCGCUGUCAAGAACGAACAGCAAUAGUAGUUCCAUUACUACAUUUUUACUACAUCAAGAGCCUGAUUCCACACCCAACAGCACUCCAAGUAGCCCAAGCUUAGGCUCUGGUUUUUCGUCCUGGGUGAACAAUAAGCACCACUCUGGAGGACAAUCUAGUGAUCGGUCCCUAUUUAGAUUUUCUUGGACCGGGUUCCAUAAACCGCAACAGGAAAAGAUUGACGAGGAGUCCGAAGUGGAAUCAACAAGUGGUACCUCCUCUAACAGUGGCACAUUUGUAUUAGAUGCGGGGUUGUUGAAACCGAAUAUCUGGGUAGGGACGCGAGUUGUUCUCUUUAAGGUAAAAGUAGACGAGCGGGAAAGCUACAGUCUCGUAGAUAUGACCUCGACAUUAUUGCGGAAACUUAGAUUCGGGAGCACGACUACGCUAAAUGCCCCGGAGGGUAUAAUGGUGACUGCAGGCACCUUGACGCCAGCUACAUCGCGCCCUUGGACUCGUCGUGCUUCCCUAACUGGCGUUGGUCCACUUCCAUCCUCGAGAGGCUCGAAGUAG